AUGAACCAGAACGCCCACACCAACCUCGACCAGGAUCUCCGCUUGUCGCGGACCGCCAAAUUCGAAAGGUCCGAGCACGAGGCCGCCGAGUGGAUUUUCGACACUUUGCAGCUUCUGCAGACAGAACGCAACCUGUACGACGUGGGUGAACACGGGUUGGCGGAGAUUCUCAAGGACGGGAAACUUCUUUGUAGACUAGGCAACUUGCUAGGUCUCCCGCUGGCUCCCACGGCCAAGUAUAGGACCUCGCGUAUGCCGUUCGUGCAGAUGGAAAACAUCCUGUUCUUUCUCCAGACAUGCGACAUGAUUGGCGUGGGCCAUGACGAGAUCUUCCAGACUGUCGACUUGUUUGAGGCUAAAGACCCGUACCAGGUGGUGGUGACCCUCAUGUCGUUUUCUCGCAAAGCGCACGAGCUCAAUGCGUCUGCCUUUCCCACACUCAUGGGGCCAAAGGUGGCGAAGGUGAAGCCCCACGUGCCUUUCAAGCCGCUUUCCUUGAGAGGCAGGCAGUGA